AUGCCGUCUACACAUAAAAAAGAAAAGCCAUGGGAUACCGACGAUAUAGACAAGUGGAAGGUCGAACCCUUCAAACCCUCAGAUAAUGCUGGUGGAACCUUUGCGGAAGAAUCCUCAUUUGCAGUCCUAUUCCCUCGAUAUCGUGAAGUUUAUCUUAAGGAGGCAUGGCCUGGCGUGACGCAGGCGCUCCAGCAACAAGGCAUCGCGUGCACACUGGAUCUUGUCGAAGGAUGCAUGACGGUCAAGACGACGAGAAAGACAUACGAUCCCGCUGCCAUCCUUAAGGCUCGCGACCUCAUCAAACUACUAGCCCGUAGCGUACCUGCGCCGCAAGCAUUAAAAAUACUCCAAGACGAUAUGGCGUGCGAUAUUAUCAAGAUAAGAAACCUAGUGCGCAAUAAGGACAAGUUCAUAAAGCGACGGCAAAGAAUCCUCGGACCAAAUGGACAAACCCUAAAAGCUCUCGAGCUCCUCACACAGACCUAUAUCCUCGUCCAAGGAAACACCGUCAGUGCGCUUGGGCCUUACAAGGGGCUGAAGGAAGUGCGCCGAGUAGUAGAAGACUGCAUGGCGAACAUCCACCCGAUCUACCAGAUCAAGGAGCUCAUGAUCAAGCGGGAGCUAGCCAAGGACCCGGAGCUAGCGCACGAGAACUGGGAGCGAUUCCUGCCUAACUACAAGAAGCGCAGUCUAAGCAAGCGCAUAGUGCCAUACAGGGUCACGGACAAGAGCAAGAAGGUAUAUACGCCGUUCCCACCAGCCCAGGAGAAGAGCAAGGUCGACAUGCAGAUCGAGGCCGGCGAGUACCACCUCGCCAAGGAAGCCAAGAAGCGCAUCGCCCACGAGGAGCGCAUGGAGAAUCAGAAGGUCAAGCAGGAGGAGAAGAAGCGCCAGCGAGAGCAAGAUUUCAUCGCGCCGGAAGAAGAAACCGGGUCGUCGGAGAGGAAGAAAAAGAAGCGGAAGAGCAAAGACGGCGAGUAG